CGUACAACGGCCAACCCGGGCCGUAGACGCUGUGAAUUUUGAUGGGCUCUCCUCGUGCCUUAAGCAUCAACAUGAGCGAUCGCAGCUCCUGACCCACGCGGACAGAGAACCCGAUUCCCGCGUGCCGCACGGCACAAGGCACCCAGCCCUCGGCUUCGUUCUUCCAGCCCCCCGAGGGGGCGGGCCGCUGGGCGGAAGUGCUGAAGCCGGCGGAGGGCGGCGGGGGCCGCCCGGGGCGGGUACGGGCUGGCGGCGAGGCGCAAGAUGCUGAAGCUGGCCGCGGGCCUGCUGCUGGCGGCAGCCGCGGCGCUGCUGCUGAACUGGUACUCGCCGGCAGCUUCUUCGGCGCCGGCGGGUCUGCGCCGCCGGCGGGCCCCCAGGCCUGCCCCCGGGGCGGAAGCCGCCAACCUGCUGUGGGCGGUGCAGGUGUCAGAUAUCCAUAUAAGUAGAUUUCAGGAUCCCACACGAGCUUCUGACUUGGAAAAAUUCUGCUCUGAAACAAUCAGUGCAAUUCAACCAGCAUUUGUUCUCGCAACAGGUGAUUUGACAGAUGCAAAGACAAGAGAUAAAUUGGGAUCUGAGCAGGUAGAAGAAGAGUGGAAAAUUUACCAAUCAGUCCUGAAGCGAUCAAGAGUCAGGGAAAAAACUAAGUGGAUAGACAUCAAAGGAAACCACGAUUCAUUCAACAUCCCACACCUGGAUAGCGUUCAGAAUUACUACAGGAAGUACUCUGCCUGGCAGAAAGAUGGCUCUUUCCAUUAUGUUCACACCACCUCAUUUGGGAGCUAUUCAUUCAUCUGCGUGGAUGCCACACUGAGCCCAGGCCCAAAGAGACCCUAUAAUUUCUUUGGGAUUUUAAAUAAGAAUCAAAUGCAAGAGCUCUCUGUGAUGGCCACAGAAAGCCUCCGCAGCAAUCAUACUGUCUGGUUCGGCCAUUAUCCCACCUCAACAAUCAUAUCCCCUGCCCCAGGGAUACGAGCAUUAAUGAGUUCUGCCACAGCUUAUUUAUGUGGACAUCUCCAUACAAUGGGUGGACUGAUGCCAGCCUUGUAUAGCCAACACCGUGGUGGCACUCUGGAACUGGAAUUAGGAGACUGGAAGGAUAACAGGAAGUACCGGAUCCUUGCAUUUGAUCAUGACCUCUUUAGUUUUGUGGAUCUCACUUUUGAAGAAUGGCCAGCAGUUCUCAUCACCAAUCCCAAAUCCUCCCUUUACAGCAGUUCUUUUCAUGAACCACUAGUGAAGAUUCUUUACUCCACUCAUAUCAGAAUUCUGGCCUUCUCCCCUGCUGCCAUUACUUCUGUCAAAGUCUAUAUAGAUGGAGUUUACCUAGGGAAUGCUCAUCAGACAUCUGGCCCUCUUUAUGUGCUGAAGUGGAGCCCACAGAACUAUAGUGAAGGGAUCCAUCAAAUAGAUGUGACUGUCCAGGAUGCUUCGGGAAGAAUUAUCACACAGGGUCAUAUAUUCUCUAUGGAAGAAAACCAUCCUCUUAGAUUUGGCUUUUGGCCAUCUGUUAUUCUUCUUACUGACCACUAUGUUCUAGCUCGUACGCUCUUUGGACUGAUUGUGCUGACUCAGAUUGCCUUGCUGGUUGUUUUCAGAUACCUCCAAAAACCAGCACUCAAAGAAAAGCCAGGACUACUGGGUCUGACCUCAUUUUCCCUUCACGUCUUCAGUAAAAUAAAUGCCUUCUAUUAUUCAGUUCUGGUUCUGAAUUUAUACACUGUUCUGGGACCAUGGUUUGUAGGCGAACUGAUAGAUGGCCAAGUGGGAGCCUGUUUUUCCUUUGGGGUGUUUGUUGGUGGUUCCUUCUUACGGGGUGGUCUCACAUACGUGGUUGGAAUUUUACAGAUGUUGUUUUUCAAUGUGCCCUUAAUGGCCUAUCUGUGCUGGUGCCUCUUCCUGCGGUGCAAAGGUCACAGUUUCUAUUCUCAUAUCCAUCAUGUCCAACGCCUCUUGGUUGUGCUUAUUCAUCUGGCAAUGGCACUCCUGCUGGCCUGGCAGGUCUAUUCUUGCUAUUUCUUGCAGCGAACCUAUGGGACCUUGGCUUUUGUCCUCUCUCCCAUGAGAACAUGGUUGGUGGCCCUGACCUCAUUUCUGAUUUAUAAAACCUGGACGUUUCAAUCAUCUGAGCUCAGAACUUACACAAUAGAAAUGAAAAACUGUCAGAGCUUCUGAAAUGCAACACAAUAGUUGAACUUCUUCAACUGAAGAUGAAACCUACUGUUUUGUAUUGCUGGAAUUCUGUACAGACCAGCCAUGAAGUGGUAAGAUCUGAUGCUGCACCUCCAUUGCUGCAUAGCUGUAGUAAACGUAUAACAGUAUGUAUUAUAUAUGUGUGUUGUAUUAUACGUAUGCAGCAUACUGUAUAAUGUUAUACAAUUACACAUUAAUACACUGUGCAGUAAAUUGUGUAAUCUGUAGUAUGUUUUUUAUGAUACAAAGCAGAAUGUCUCUAUGGAUCACCACUGGAAAUGUUUACUUGUUGUAAUUGAAUGGAAAAUAUUUUUAAUUCUUAAAUUCUUGAUUUUUGUAAUGCUGGGAAAAAUAUGAGUAGAUCUGGAUAACAAGCUCCAGGGUUUGUGUGUAACUGCUGCUUAUUUCAAGAUCUGCGUGUAUUUCUAGAGGAUUAGACCAGAUGUCCUUAUAAAUUAAUAUUUAUUACAAAGGUUCUGUAUGGCCUUCAA